AUGUCGUCGUCGCGGUGCGUCGCCGCGGUCGACGCUGCCGCCUCCGCCCGAGCCCCGGAAACAACGUCGUCAGCGCCGCCGUCAGCGCCGCCGAUGCCGCGACGGUACCAGGCGGGCGAGUUCGUCGUCGACCUCGAGCUCGGGCACCGGCAUCCGGCCGCCUCCACCGCGCUGCCGACGUCGUCAGGAGUGCACGAGGAGGGCGGGUUCACGGACGGCAAGUUGGGACUGGGACAGAAACUGGAGCGCCGCACCUCCACCGUAGAACAGCAGCCGCCGCCGCCGAAGAGACCGUCUGAUAAUCUGGCGGAUAGCGGUGGCAACGGCGACUGCCUCGCUAUACGGAGCCGCUGUGAAGCGAUUGUAGCGAUGUCAUCGUCGUCAUCGUCUUGGGGGUGA